CCGACCUACUCAUCACAGCACUUUGUAUAUGCAUUAACAUGGCAACUACGUGGCCUGAGGACUAGCCCGUACACUUCCAAAGCCACCGAGUACAUCAGGAUAGCUCAGAACACCUGGAGGACCUAGCUCUUCUUGCUUGUCAAGGAAGCGAAAGUCUUCUAGGGUGGAAAUUAAACCAUGGUUAGAGGAUAAGACACUUCCCCAUCACGAAACGAGACAAUGACACAGGACGAGAGAGAAAAGGAAACAAAAAAACAAGACAAGACACCACAGCGGCGCCACAAGACACAAAGACAUGACCAGAGACCGCACGUGGCUGGCGGAAACCACAUGCAGUCCCCCAAACAUUUCCGAGGCGCCUUUGUCGCGCAGGCCCUGGAUACUUUUGCAUGCAAUAUGUCUCACCCACAUACACUCGCCUGUUCACGGCUGCCGUACUGCCGUAGUCCCACCCAACCGCAUGAGCACCUGUCUGUGUGUGCGCGGCAGCAUAUGCACUCCGCCUUUCUUUGCUUUUUUCUCUUUUGUGUGUGUACUUUUCCGCCCCUGAUUUCCAGCGGGAACUUGACUUGCUUCGGCUCGUGCUGCACAUACUGUACAUCUGCGCGCGGCGUAGGUGCGUGCCAGCUGCAUGCAUCUAUGGAUGUAUACAUGGGCACAGUCCAUCGCCGACCCUGGGUCAAUGCAUAUUCAGCUUUGCAGAAUUACCUUGCCAUGUGCAGAUUAACGGGGUGCUGCACUCUGCACUCUGUACCCUUCCCUUUCGGCACGACGAAUCCACACACCUCCGUCAGCGAUGCUGUUCCAGUGUCAGGUUGGCGGGAUGAUGAUGAUGAUGAAGUGAUCUAUCUGGGGUCGGAAUCAGGGUCCAGGGCGAGAAGACUCUGGAAAGGUUGCAGAGUGGGGCCACCCAACCCCCCUGCCCCUGCUCCCGGCAACUCUUUUUUCUUUCGUUUCUUGUUUCCCUGUCCAAGUUCAACGUAAGUUCUCUCUGCGAUAGAGCUUCCGGCACGAAUGCGUCAUAUUGACGAUCGCCAAAGAACCCCCCCGACAAAACGGGAAACCAGGUUCGGGAUGCGGCUCAGGAUGCAUAUGCAUUUCGCGAAGGAUUUGCAGUAGUAGCCCCCGGAGUCGA